AUGCAUUCUACAUGGGAGAAAUCCAUUGUGGAUUUGCUUAUAGGCCCCGGGAGAGCUCAAGGAUCAGAUGGAGAGGAUACUGUGGGUGAUGUGGCAGAGGUAGAAGAAACUUUAAAGAGGAUCCAGUCACAUAAAGGAGUUAUUGGAGCUAUUGUCGUAAAUGCAGAAGGCAUCCCAGUCAGAACCACUCUUGACAACUCAACUACAGUACAAUAUGCUGGUCUCCUUCAUCAACUCAUGAUGAAAGCAAAAAGCACAGUGAGAGAUAUCGAUCCCCAGACUGAUCUAACCUUUCUCGGGAUUAGAUCAAAGAACCAUGAAAUCAUGGUUGCCCCAGAUAAGGAAUCUCUUCUGAUUGUUAUCCAAAAUCCUCGUGAAUAGACCAUCCACACCA